GGUGAUUGUACCUGAGUCCUGCUACCACGCCAGAGUGAGAGCUGCCUUUUACAAAUCAUGCUAACCCCCCUGGCGUUGCAACAUGGUGGACUCUGAAGAGAAUCUGCACCCUCUGUGGAUAUGAAGGGCUCAUUCUAAGCUAGUUUCAGGAUUCUUGUUUUGUCUCUCUGGAGAACAACUGAAUUGUGGACGUAGGACUUAAACACAAUGGAGAACAACACAACCAUCUUUCAAGAUGUCACUCAGUUUGUUAAUCUGACAGAAAUACCUCUGAACCCUCUUGAAGAGCAGGUCAUAACAAUAUUUUUGACAAUGCUCAUCUGUAUAAUUGGGAUUGCCGGCAACAUCAUGGUGGUGCUGGUUGUGCUGCGCACUAAACACAUGGUGACCCCGACUAACUGCUACCUCGUCAGUCUGGCUGUCGCAGACCUCAUUGUGCUCCUUGCUGCAGGGCUGCCUAAUAUCUCGUAUGUUAUAGCCUUCUGGAUAUACGGAUACACAGGAUGCUUGUGCAUUACUUAUCUUCAGUACCUGGGCAUCAACGUGUCGUCCUGCUCCAUCACAGCCUUCACCAUCGAGCGAUACAUCGCUAUUUGCCAUUCCAUGAAGGCACAAUUCAUAUGCACCGUUUCCCGGGCCAAGAGGAUCAUAGCCGCGGUCUGGGUCUUCACCUCACUCUACUGCAUUAUGUGGUUCUUCUUAGUGGACACAGAUGAAACCGUCUACACCAACGGAGUGGUCGUCACAUGUGGCUACCGCGUCUCCAGGAACUUCUACAUGCCGAUCUAUUUCCUGGACUUCACUUUGUUCUAUGUGAUACCCCUCAUUGUGGCCACUGUGCUUUACGGUCUCAUCGCCAGGAUUUUGUUCAUGAGCCCUCUGCCUUCGCACAUGAACGACGGAGGAGGGUCGGUUCACCAGGGUCACUCCCGCAGCACUAACAAGGCAAACAGAGGUGCGGUCUCUGCAAGGAAACAGAUAACAAAGAUGCUGGCUGUGGUGGUCGUCCUCUUCGCCGUGCUCUGGAUGCCUUAUCGAACCCUGGUGGUGGUCAACUCCUUUAUCGACCCGCCUUACCACAACACCUGGUUCCUGCUCUUCUGUCGCAUGUGCAUCUACACCAACAGUGCCAUCAACCCCAUCAUUUACAACCUCAUGUCUCAGAAGUUUCGUGUCGCGUUCAAAAAGCUCUGCAAGUGCAGCUGGCGACACAAGGGGAAGGCGGCAGAGUACAACGUGCCGAUGUAUUACAGCGUGAUAAAGGAUUCAUCCCAUGAGAGCAAUGAGCAGGUCACAGAUCAGGAGGAGGUGAGCGGCCAAACCAAAAGGAGGGGCAACGAAACGGAUGACGACGCGAGCACUUUCAGCAUUUCUUAAUGAGUUUGUUGGCUUCAUUAGGAUAAGGGAAUUAUUUGUGAAAAUCUUUCUAUUUAUUGUUUACGGUUGCUGUUAUUUCCAUCUGUUAGAAAAAGUAUUUACUGCCUCUGAGAUCUGUAGAUAUUCUUCUUGUUUGCAGUGACAAACGUGUAGUUUGUGGUAGUUGUGGUACUUUUGCAUCAGUAUUGUAACUGUGUUAAACACAGUGUGUGAAAGCAGGCUUUAGUGUACCUCACGCUGCCUAGUGGCACAUAAUGUACAUCAUAAUAUCUGUUGCAGUUACACAAAAAUUAGUGGUUCUUUGAAAUGUUUGGAAAUACUGUACUCGCCAUUUUAGUAAACAUAAAAAAAUGUAAAAACAAUGACUGAAAGAUUGACAUUUUAUGUGACAUGUAAAACUGAUCCUGUGGAUGCAUAUUUAGAAUUUUGCCUUGAAACAAUGUCCAAACUUUUGAGUAGUGCCGGUACUUAUGUGCAACACUGACCUUAUCAAAGAAUCAGCAUGUCUCCUGAUAACAAGUGCACUUGUGCUUUUCAUGAUUACACUCUCAGGCUGGAUUGUCCUGAGAUAUACCACACUCUUCAACAGCACUGAUGAACACAGUCUAGACUUUCCCCUUUUAUUAAUACUUAUUUAUUCAUUCAUCUAAUAACUCUUUGAUGGAUUGUGAUGACAUUUUGAACUGACUUUGGUGACCCUGGUAAUGUGAUUUUUCCUCUAUAGCGCCACCAUGAUGUUCACUUUAGUGGUUUUGAGUCAAUGUCUCCUCUACUCUGGAGUACACACACACCAACCUCAGAUGUUCUUUGUGUUAAGCACUAACUACUAAAUGGUAGGAUGCUAACAUGCUAAACUAAGAUGGUGAACAUUGUACACUUUAUGCCUUCUAAACAUCGGCAUGUUAGCAUUGUCAUUGUGAGCACCUCAGCUUCCAAACGUUAGCAUUUUGCUCAAAGUAUCGCUGUUCCUAAGUACAGCUUUACAGAGCAGCUAGCGACUUGCGACUUUAAGUCUUAUUUAUUCAUUCAUGAUCAUAAAUAGGUCAACAGAAUAACUAUCCAGCCGCUAUAGACAGCUGUAGGCUGACAUGGUUUUUAAGCGAGCCUAAGUAGCUAAAGCCUUUACGCAGCGCUCCAUCUACACAGGUGUUUUCACUUAUGUUACCUGAUUAGACCUCCUCUCAUACCUGUGUGAUGUCCUAUAUACUGAGUUUGAUUGGCAUGUCCUCAUGUUAGCUUUGUUCAAGGAUUCAAGCAUUCAAGGAUUCAAAGAUAAUUUAUAGAAAUGCAAUUGUAACCCAUUUGUUACACAAGAAAACCUUAAACCAAAAAAAAUAAAAAAUGAAUUGUGCCUUCCUGUAGUGCAUUUCUGUAAAUGUGCAUCAGGAGGAGUAAAGUAAGUGCUGGAGCAUUUACACUGUUAUCUUUCUUUUAAUCAUUAUCAUUAUUUGGGUAUUUAAUUCUGACUGUAAAGGGAUGUAGAGGACCCUUUAUAAAUCAUUAAAGUUUGGUGACAUUGUGAAAUUCCCAGAAUAGCCCCACCUAAUUUCACAGAGUGAUUAGACAGACUGUGUGGAUGUGCAGGUCCUUUUAGUAUUAAGUCUUUUGAGUCUCAGUUAGUUGCAAUAAUGUUUUUCUGCAUAUACCAACUAAACUCCUCUUCUAAUCAUUGAAAAUAUCACUGGAUCUUCUUAGACUACAAUCUAAAAAGAAAAAAUAUAAUAACAACAAUCCCUCAGCCCAUCCACUGAGAUUAUUAUGUGUGAAAAGUUUGUAUCAUUAGAUUUACAGUCUGACAAACUAGGAGGUAAUAAAGCUCCUAUAGCUCCUAUCGGGCCAAGCCAGGGGAUGAAAGAAAAGUUGUCUUGAAAUUGUCUUUUUGACAUGUAACAAAUCUAGCAAGUGCAAGUGCAUUAUGGGAAAAAUAUUUUGAUGUUAAUUGUUGCCAACAACUUGGCUGUCUCUGUCGUCUUAUUGCUGUUGUUUUCAUCAUCACUGCAUGCCUGUGCAUCUCAACACAGCCAACUCUUCACCAUCUGUUCAAUAUAUAU